AUGCUCCGGCAAGGAAAUGAUCCCUACUCGAAUACCUAUAAUCUCGGAUGGAGGAACCAUCCUAACUUUGGGUGGAGGAAUCAAGAGGGCCAAGGCAAUGCUCAAGGGUCUAAUCAAGCGGGUCCAAGCUUCCAAGGUGGAAAUAGACCUCCACAACAACAAGGAAAUUACCAUCACAAUCAAGGUCAUGGUAAUAAUUCGGGUGCUAGACCUCAACAUCCCCCCAGUUUUCAACCUCAAAGAAAUAUGGAUGAAGGGAAUAUGCUUGCCAAGUUGAUGGAGGGGCUAAGAGAGAUGAAGCGACUUCAAAAGAACCAAGCCGCCACUAAUCAAAUGCUUAAAACUCAAAUCUCACAACUUGCCAUCAAUCUUCAAGGUAGACCUCAAGGGGGAUUGCCAUUCUCUACGGAGAAUAACCCUAGAGAACAUGUUAAGGCGCAUGUUGUUGAGGAGGAUGGGCCUCAAAUUGUGGUUGAUAUAGCAAGCUCAAGUCAAGAGUUACCAAGGGAGUGUGAGGAAGUGGUUAUCGAGGUUGAAGAGCCUUAUGUGAGGCUGCCACCGCCGCCACCAUUUGUACCACCGGUUCCCUUGGCGGAUGCACUACGUGAGAUGCCACAAUAUGCCAAGUUCUUGAAGGAUAUCAUCACCAACAAAAGAAGAAAUAUGAGUUCUAUAAAUUGCCUAUGUGAUCUUGGUGCUAGUAUUAAUCUUAUGCCUUUAACUCUUUUCAGGACACUUUGUGGAGACCAAACCGUGAAAAGCACCUCGAUGGUACUCCAACUAGCGGAUCAUUCGUUGAAAAGGCCGUUUGGGAUUGUUGAGGAUGUGCUUGUCAAGGUAGAUAAAUUCAUCUUUCCGGUUGAUUUUGUUAUAUUGGACUAUGCGGUUGAUAAGGAGUGCUCAAUGAUCUUGGGGCGACCCUUCAUGAACACCGGAAGGGCUUUAAUUGAUGUGCAUGGUGGGAAAUUGACCUUGCGAAUCGAUGAAGAAACGGUUGAGUUUGACAUGAAGAAAGUCAUGAGGGGUACCAUCGAGGAGGAAGAGUGUAUGAGGAUUGAUUUAGUUGAUGAACUUGUAAAGGAACAACUAGAAGCAAACUUGGAAGUGUCGAACUGGGGUUUAGAGUUGAAAGUGCAAGAAAUGGGGGAACACAAGCUGUUGCACGAAUCGUGCAAUCCCCAAAAGUUUGGUUUCACGAUUCGUGCAAAAGAAGAAGAAGUUACAGAAUGUAAAGCUGAAACUUGCACGAUUCGUGCAACACCUCUAAGUCCUAAUGCACGGAUCGUGCAAGUUAUAUUCCAAUCCGACGAUCCCGAAGAUGAGUGCCAUGAUGAAGAAGAUCCCACACCGGAAACUUUGAUUAAGAAUGGGGGAGUCACACCUCCAUCCUCCCAAGUACCACCCCAAGUAGAAAUGAAACUCCUACCUAUGCAUCUCCGGUACGCUUUUGUUGGAGAAAAUGAAACUCUACCUAUCAUCAUCUCCGACAAGCUCUCUAAGGAACAAGAGAGGAGGGUUGUGCAAGUAGUGAAAGAGCAUGUGUUAGCCAUGGGGUGGCAAAUCUCCGACAUUCGAGGCAUAAGUCCACAAAUUGUGAUGCAUAAGAUUCAUCUUGAAGACGAGUCGAAGAAGUCAACUCAAAGGCAACGACGAUUAAAUCCGAAUAUGAAGGAGGUGGUAUAUAAAGAGAUCGUCAAGCUCCUCGACGCCAGAAUAAUCUACCCUAUUUCGGAUAGUGAGUGGGUGAGCCCGAUUGCCUAA